AUGGAUGAACUGGUGGCAGGCGUCGACCAAGUUGUCAAUGAAGUGCAACUGUUUAAUUCAAAUAGCAUUCUUGAAACCUCGAAUACCACGGUAGUAGUAACAGAUUCACAAGGACUGGUGGUACAAACAAGAGGAAAAUGUCCUCCAAAGGAUGCAAGUGGAUUGAUCUUGCAAGCAGCAAUCCGAGCACAUCGACUAUUUAAAGCAACUACAUUGACCAGUAUGCCUAUUGAAGUGUCUGCCAUAACUCCCAAACAAAUGCAUCCAGUGGUUGUUAUUGAAGCAACCAAAAGAACAGAUGGGUCGAGUGCAGUUGGACUAUUCAAGACACUUUAA